ACUGACAAGCCUGCAUGCAGAAACGAGAACAGAAAGUGAGACUUGAUUCCCAAAGAUCUGCUCUCCUCACUCUGUCUCACGUCUCAUUCAUAUUCUAAAAACCCAGUCCAGUCACGUCAAGAGUGUUAGAAAGCCGAGAAACCAGCACAUUGUCUCAGAUAUUUUCUUCUAUUCAUUUUUGGUUUAUCAAAUCAAUCAUUCGUCCUUCCAGCAAAUCAGAAAUUACAAAUAAGUGGAUUGCUGACACCAAUAAAGCUCCAAAAAUGAUAAAAUUGUGAUAAAGUACAAAUUUUCUUUUGACUCAUUUUCGAAAGGGAAACUUAUGCGACACAGAGAAAAAUAUUGAAAUCCUUUAUAUCUCAGAAUUUUGAUGAUCGUGGCUUACAGACAGUUACAGAUUUGAAUAUUAACAUCAGACCAAUGAAAAGGAUGUUUUAAACAUAAGUGUCAGGCCUUUGAAGAGUGUGUUUACCUCUACGCUCUCAGUAUUUGGUUGGCACUGUGUUCGCCCUGUUGGAAAAUAAAAAUCAGCAUCUUCAUAGAGCUUGUGAGCAGAAUGAAGUAUAAAGUGCCUUAAAAUUUACUGAUGUAUGACUACACUUACCAUGUACUUCAGAAAAUAGUGAAUGAGCACCAACAGAUAACAUGGCACCCCAAAUUAUCACCGAUUGGAACCUUUACUCUGGAUUUCAAGCAACUUGGAUUCUGUUGUAAAGCCCAUUUCACAUCAGCUGAGGGAGUUGGGGAAAAUAAAGGCAGUUUGUUUUAGUAAGCAGUUUGACAUCUUCAUGCCUUCAUUAAUGCUUUACCAGAUUCCUGAAAUACACUUUGUAUGGGGUGCAGUGGUUCCUAUUUCGGUCAGCUACAGAAAAUUCAAAAUGCUGUGGCAGGUCUUCAAUCUGGAGGAAUCGGUUCUAAUCACAUUUUCCACAUUCUUGUCUUCCACUGGCUUCCCAAACGUUUAAGGAUUCUUUUCACUCCUCAAAACUCUUUGACACCAGGUGAAAUAGGGAUUUUAGUUUGUGCUUCUCCUAUACAUUUUCAUUGUAUGUCUAAUUUUUAAAGUAUUUUCUAUUUUAGUAUUGUAUGGGGGUUUUUAUCUACAAAUGAAAUGGGAAAUCUUAUUGUAUUCUCAUUCCACUUCUGUGAAUCUCCUUCAAAUUCUUGAAUGGAUUUUACUUGGCAGUCAUCGUAAGGUUGUGAUUAUCCCUGUUAGGUGGUGCGCCUAUUGGUAUAACACAUUUUUCCUUCCACUCAACUUUCUAUGAAUAUAAUAUGAUUUCUUUUAGCAUACACUAAUAUAUGAGACACAGAAUUUGGGGUUUUGUUUUCUAUAAGACAUAAUCAUCAAAAUUAGAAUAAAUGAAAACUUGAAUAUAUCUCAUUGUACGUAAAUUUAAUUCUUUUACUUUCUGAAAUGAGAAAAAAUAUCAAAAUUUUUAACAUUAUAAAAAAAAAUUGUUUAGAUUGAAAGAAAAAUCCCCCCAUUGGUUUUCAGUAACAAACAUGUGUCUUGACAAAACCAGACACAUGGAUUUAAUUUUGAAAAGUUAUUUGAUUUAAAUCUAGUUGGAACAGUUGUUUUGUAAAAAGUUACAAUUAGAUUUAAAGUUUGCAAAUAUAUCCAGAAGCUUUUACUCUCAAAUGCUAAUUCAUUUGCAACAUCAAACCCACUCUGUUACAGGGUUGUCAUCACGUAGUUUUAAGGUUAUGAUCCAAAAGUACACUGGCUCUUUUCAUUAGAAAAGUUAGUCCAUGUAGAACAUCCACAAAGUCCUGUGAUCAGUCAUUUAAAAAAAAGAAAAUUAAAUAUACGGUAUUUUUAAGAACAGUGAUCUCUAUUCUGUCCCUAUAUAUGGACAGCUAGUAGAUGGCUAUUUGCCGUGGACAUCAGAAAACACAGUGGACUAAUUUCUGAUGAGUCAAAAUGUUAGUUAUUUUGACUACUCAAAAUAAAACAAACUGAAACAUGUUUUGCAAGAUUUUAACUUUACGCCAUCGCCGAUUGGUAACGGCGAUACGGAGCAACUGACAUUCAUAAAGCUGUGGUUUGAAUUGAUUGCUGGCUGCUGGUAGUUGUGGAGCUGUUCAGUCUUUUUGCUAAUCGGACUGCAUGCAAAGAACAGCAGCUUUAAAUCACGCAACCCCAUGAAUGCAUAUUUGACAUGACAUGAAGACAUUCGACAGCCUGAAGAUGAUCAAUUAAUAACUGCUCUUUCUAUUCUGUCACAAGACGUGUAACGUGAGAUAUUUGUUUGUGUUCUCGGACAACGCGGUGAACGCUACUCUCUGUCAGCAGAACAAGUUGGACAAGCAAUGAAGCUGGAAAUGAGCAGCUGUCCCACCCCUGGAUGUGAUGGCAAAGGUCACGUCAGUGGAAGAUAUUCGAGACACAGAAGCGCGCUAGGGUGCCCAAUUGUAAAGAAAAGGAAGCUUCAGGAGGCUGAGAUCGAAGAGAACCCGCUGUCGCCCAGGAAGAGGACCCAGCCUACCAAACAGGCCGAUGAGGACAGUGACAUGGCAGAAGAGGAGGAGCAGAAUGAGGAAGACGGAGAGGAAAAAGAUGGCAUCAAAGACAAAAAGAAAAAAGAAACAAAGAGCGAGACGGGAAAAGUUGAACGCACCUCGGCGACCACAGACAGCCCAGAACAACCUUGCCCUUCACCUGAUGACAAGAGCAGAAGUAUCACCUCAGAGACUGAGAACAAAGUAGAGACAGAAAACUUUAGCGAGGAGGUAACAUGUGUGAUAAUCACAGAGGAAGAGGAGGCUCAGUCAGCAUCCGCGUGCCUCCCACCACAGCUCCCAGCAGAAGAAACAACUGUCCCUUGCCAUGAAGAGACAAAAGAUGAGGAAGAAGAUAGAGAAAAAAAGGCAAACCUGGAGGAGGAGGAACUGGAAAGUCAGAGGAAUGUUGCAGAAGAGACGGAGAUAAGAAGACAGAUGAUCAGGCAGGAAAAUUCUGAUCAUCAGUACUCAAGUGGAGAUUACAAAAAUCAGGCCAAAGAGUCAAAACCGAUAGAAAAUAAUGAGACUGAAGAAGAGGAGGAGGACGAGGAGGACGCAGAGGAGGAAGAGGAGGAGGAGGAGGAGGAAGAGGACGAAGACGAUGGAGCAGUGAGACAAGUUGAGACAGUUUUCAUUCAGGAAUCUGAAGCGACUGUGUCACUCAGGGAAGAGCAGUGCGACACCCUCAGGGCCGAGGAAGAAGCGGCAGAGGAGAAGCGAAGCAGCAAAGCCGGUGAAGUAGAGCAAGAAGAAGAAGAAGACGAGGAAGAAGAAGAUGAAGAAGAUGAUGAGGAAGAAGAAGGAAACUCAAGCAAAGCCUCUCCGAGCACAGUCAUCAUCGAAGUUCACGCCGAAGAGGAGGAACAUGAGGAGGACGAGGAGGAAGAGGAGGAAGAGGAGGAAGAGGAAGACGAUGAGGAACUGGAGGAGGAAGAUGAGGAGGAGGAGGAGGACGAGGACAGGGGAGAGGAAUUGGAUCGUGUCUCCGAGGGAUCGGGCGUCACGGACGACUCUGAAAACUGGGACAUGACGCGAGGGAAUCUGGGGCUGCUGGAGCAGGCCAUUGCUCUGAAGGCAGAGGAGAUCCAGGGAGGUCAGGAGAGCAGCAGCUCUGUCGAUUACCAACCGAGCAACGCCUCCAUGAAGAACUCUGACGGUUCUGCUGGAGUCCGCCGCUCCACCCACUGUAGCAAAGAAAAGAAGGAAGUAAAGUGUCCAACUCCAGGUUGUGACGGAACAGGCCACAUCACUGGGUUGUAUCCUCACCACCGCAGUCUUUCUGGAUGUCCCCACAAAGACAGAAUACCUCCAGAGAUUUUGGCCAUGCACGAAAAUGUCUUGAAGUGUCCUACUCCCGGCUGCACCGGCCAAGGUCAUGUGAACAGUAACCGCAACACACACCGCAGCCUGUCCGGUUGCCCCAUAGCAGCAGCAACUAAGCUGAACAAGAACCAGGACAAGCAGGUUCAUCUGCAAGCUUCAGCCAGUGAGCCGACCUCAAACUCUGACAGAGUGCUAAGGCCAAUGUGUUUUGUGAAGCAGCUGGAGAUCCCUCAGUAUGGCAGCUACCGCCCCAACACAGUGACUACCACACCUCGAGCUAACCUUGCCAAGGAGCUGGAGAAAUACUCCAAGGUUUCUUUUGACUAUGCAAGCUUUGAUGUCCAAGUGUUUGGAAAGCGUAUGAUUGUUCCAAAGAUGCCCGACACUACCGACACAUCCACUAAAGUUUUCAAAUCUAAACCAUUUUCCAAGGCGUCCUCCCCAAGCCAUGGUUCAUCAGGAGGUUUCGCCAAGAACAUCCCAUCCUCUAGUGGUUAUGAUUACAGCCAGGAUGCAGAGGCAGCCCAUAUGGCAGCAACAGCAAUCCUCAACCUGUCCACCCGCUGCUGGGAGAGACCGGAAACCUGCGGCACUAAACUCCGGGAGCCUUGCACCAAGGAGGUCGCGAUUGAGGUGGAUGAGAAUGGCACCUUAGACCUCAGCAUGAAAAAGACCAAGAGAGAGGACAUACAGUCUGCAGAGACUGCAUGUUCUUUGCCUUCCUCCUCUCAACUUGUGGAUGCCACGUUGUCUCAGGACCAUCCUCAGUCAGAUUGGGACGGUCCACUAGAUUUCACCAAACCCAAUGAAGACAAGGAGGAAGACCAUGAAGAGAUGGAAUACACAGCUCCUUCAUAUACAUCAUCUGAUGACGAGGAAGAGAACCAAGAAAACUCAGAGGACCGGAAAUACCCCGGUGAAGUCACUACUGGCAGUUUUAAAGUCAAGUUUCAGCCCAAAGACAACAAAAAAGAAGUUAUUGUAUGUCCAACACCAGGCUGUGAUGGCAGUGGGCAUAUCACUGGCAAUUAUGCAUCACAUCGAAGUCUGUCAGGCUGUCCUCUUGCUGAUAAAUCACUUCGGACCCUCAUGGCUGCCCACACAGCUGAACUGAAGUGUCCGACUCCAGGCUGUGAUGGAUCGGGUCACAUCACUGGAAACUACGCGUCGCACAGGAGUUUGUCUGGAUGUCCACGGGCCAAGAAAGGAGGAGUCAAAUCAGCACCUUGCAAAGACGACAAGGAAGAAUCUGAGCUGCUGAGGUGUCCAGUUCCUGGCUGUGACAGUCUUGGACACAUCAGUGGAAAGUAUGCUACCCACCGUAGUGCCUAUGGCUGUCCACUUGCAGCAAAGCGACAGAGGGAAGGUCUACUAAAUGGCACUCCUUUCUCUUGGAAGGCCUUUAAGACCGAAGGCCCGACCUGCCCAACACCAGGCUGUGACGGUUCUGGUCAUGCUAAUGGCAGUUUCUUGACACACCGCAGUCUCUCAGGUUGUCCGAGAGCUCCAGCCAGCAAGAAGAAAGUCAAGCUUCCUGGAGACGAAUAUAUAACAGCAAAGUUUAGAGCGAGCGACGUUCUGGAUAAUGAUGAAGACAUCAAGCAGCUGAACAAGGACAUCAGUGAACUGAAUGAGUGCAACGCAGAGAUGGAGGCUGACAUGAUGAAUUUGCACACUCAGAUUUCUUCCAUGGAGAAGAACCUAAAGAACAUGGAGGAGGAAAACAAGCAGAUAGAGGAGAAGAAUGAAGCUUUGUACUUGGAGCUGUCUGGUCUGAGUCAGGUAUUAAUUCGCAGCCUGGCCAACAUCCGCCUGCCUACCAUGCAGGAACCAGUAUCCGAGCAGAACUUCGAUAAUUACGUGGAGACUCUGACCUACAUGUUCACCAAUAAAGACUGCUACCAAAACCCUGACACCCGGGCCCUGCUGGAGUCCAUCAGUCAAGCAGUAAAAGGCAUAGAGGUAUGAUGCAAGGCGACGACAAAACAAGCAGCUGCCACAUUUCUUCUGAGUUCUUACAUAAUUGUAUGUGAUCAUUCUUCUUACUCGGUUAUUUAAUAACUCCACUAGUUGGGUUUUUUUUUUUUAGCAUGUUGUUGGAUGACGUAUGAGCCAGAACAGACGACUGCAUGUCGAGUGUGUGUCACCGCACUGGCAUCCAGAGGUUACUUUAAGUCAGGAAGACAAAGUGCAUAACCAGGAAAUGUGUGCAGAACAAAAUUUUUAAAAAAGAGCAGAAAAUAGCCUGAGCUUAAGUGACUCUUAGUUAUUACCAUAUCCCAAGAAAUCUGAUAGUACUCUACAUUAGAAUAGUGUUGUUGCACCUCCAAUACCUAGUUUGUAGGUUUAUUUUGCUAUUGUUGUGUAACUAUUUGUGUCCUGUGCAAUUGUUAGUUGAAUAACUAACUACUCAUAUUUGCUGCAUUAUUUCUAGCUAUUUAUUAUUAUUUAUCUGCUUUUUAAGUUAUUUCAAAAAUCCGAUUUGAAAAUAUUCCAACACAAUAAGAGACAAAUGGUCGUUUCCUUCAUGGCUGAACAAAGAGGAAAUAUUUUAAGAUAUCAACUAUGAAUUAUUUUCUAUAUCUUAUUGUUUAUUUAUGUACUGGGAUCUUUUUAUGUGCAAAAAUUUUGUAACUACAGGUUUUUAAAUAAUUUUGUAAAGAUUUUUGUGCUUCUGUACUUUUGCCUUUUAUUUCCCCCAAACUAUUUUGAAUACACUGCUAUACAGUAAAAGAAAAGGAGGCGGAGUUGUGCAUAUUUGGUAUUUAUUUGGUUAUAAAAAAAAAAAAAAAAGUGAUGGUGAAUAUUUAUUUUUUAUUGUCUAUGUGCUAAUGAUGGUUGUAAAUUGAUUAGCCUUUACCUUCAUCUUGAAAUAAAAGCAAAGCUACCAUAAAUCUGUUGCACUCUUCAGGUAUUCUGACACCAUUGCUCUUGUUUAAGCAACACACCAGAAAGCUCCACGGUACAAAGACAAUGUUUACUGUAUGAAACAUUAAAACACUCUGCCUA